AUGCGUUUCACAGCAUCAUGGGCGUUGUUGUCGGCACUCCUCAAUUCGGCAAGUGCGAGAUUUGUGAUGUACGCGGAUGAAUGGCAUCCCACUCGUCCAACUAACGCCCAAGAUUGUGCUGGCAUCGAUCAUGUUGUCCUUGCCUUUGCUGUCGGUGGAUGGGGCGACGACGCCGGGUUCAACACCGUCUCCAACUCGGACACCAGCAUUCACAAGUUUGCAAACGAUGUCAACACUAUGCUUAAAAACACCGGUGCUGAUGGCGUGGAUAUCGACUGGGAGUACCCAGGUGGCAACGGUGCUGACUACAAGCAAAUCUCCAACUCAGCCAAAUCCUACCAAGUCGAUGCCUUCCCCAAGCUCCUUGCAGCGACUCGAAAUGCCAUCGGCCCUAAGAAACUUCUCUCGAUUGCUGUACCCGGCAAGAAAGGUGAUAUGAUUGGCUUUACUUCGCAAACAGGCCCUAAGAUAUGGCCCUCGGUCGACUACAUUAACGUCAUGUCCUACGACUUGAUGAACCGCCGUGACAAUGUAACACAGCACCAUACUUCCGUCGCCGGCUCCGAGGACACGAUCAAGAACUACCUCGACAUUGGCGCGCCAGCAUCAAAGAUCAAUCUAGGCUUCGCGUACUACGCUAAGUACUUCACCACCGCCGGCGAUUGCUCUGCCUCUCCUCUCGACUGCCCUAUUGUGCCCGCCGAGGACCCCGUUACGGGAAAGGACUUGCUCACAAGUGGGGCGUGGACAUUUGAGAAACAGCACAUGGCACCCGUGGAUGCAAGCAGUCUGACAGUGAGCUACGAUGGUACAUGCGGGCCUGACAAAGGAACAAAAUGCGCCUCAGGAUGUUGCAGUCAGUAUGGCAACUGCGGCACUUCUCCUGAGCACUGCUCUGGCGCGUGUCAACACGCUUUUGGGACUGGGUGUACCGACGCCGACGUCGCUGGAUCGUGGCAAAACGCCGCCAAAAACGGAGUCACUGACCAGCGGGCUGGCGGGCAGUACUACUUCGACCCCGCCAACCGCCUUUUCUGGACAUGGGACACACCUGAGCUCAUCUCUCGUAAGUUCGAUGAUAUUGUCCGCAAGUACAACCUUGGCGGCGUUAUGGCGUGGAGUCUGGGUGAAGACAGCAAUGACUGGAGCCACGUCAAGCGCAUGGCGAACGAACUGAAAAAGUCGCCAUCGAAGCCGUCAGCGACGUACGCACCGAAGCCGACAAGUAACAGGCCGAAGACGAAGCCGAAGCCGAAGCCUACGACGUACAAGCCUCAGUCUCCCGCAGCACCGACUUACAAGCCCUCUCCUCCCGCUCCGAAAUACCCAACUUCAAACAACAACGACUACCACUCCCUCCCCGGCAACCCAACCCUUGAGUCUAACCCCAACCUGCCCUACGACGUGGUGUGGGUUGAUGGCGUAUCCGACGGCUCUGGAAGCGACUACACGACCGAACCAGGCUCACCAGACGGCUACACUGUGGUACGGGUGGACAAAAACGGCGUACCAGAGACCACGGAAGCACCAGCUGCUCCCACAGCGCAACCACAAUACGCAGCUCAAGCAGCACCUCAGCCUCAGCCAACGUACGACGACGGCUCGUGGAGCCCGGGGAAGUACGACCGCCAGGCAGCCAAGGUCCCAGGGACUACGGAACAAGUGGCGCAUUACGAGCCGCCGGCUGUAGAGAACGAUAAGCCACAGGAGCAAUCCUGCCACCUGCGUAGGGUCAGGAAGAGAGAUUCGAGGGGGAAAAGCGCCAGGAAGAGCGUGUAG